UUCAAGGAGAGCAGGGGGACCAUGAAGAGUACGGAGUCCUCACCGUUCACAGCCUUAGGCCCCCACUCAGAUCCUGACAACAGUGAGGUGGAGCUGGACUGCCGGUUUAAUGAGGAGUUCAAGUUUAUCCUGCUGCCCGUGAGCUAUGCAGUUGUCUUUGUGCUGGGCCUAGGCCUCAAUGCCCUGACCAUCUGGUUCUUCCUCUUUUGCCUCCGACCGUGGGAUGCGACCGCCACCUACAUGUUCCACUUAGCUUUGUCAAAUACUUUGUACGUCCUGUCGCUGCCCACCCUCGUCUACUAUUACGCAGCCCGUAACCACUGGCCCUUUGGCACUGGGCUCUGCAAGUUCAUCCGCUUUCUCUUCUAUUGGAACCUCUACUGCAGUGUCCUUUUCCUCACCUGCAUCAGCGUACACCGCUACCUGGGCAUCUGCCACCCGCUGCGGGUGCUGCGCUGGGGCCACCCACGCCUUGCUGGCCUUCUCUGCCUGGCAGUUUGGUUGGUCGUAGCUGGCUGCCUCGUGCCCAACUUGUUCUUUGUCACCACCAGCCCUAAGGGGAACAUCAUCUUGUGCCACGACACCACCCGGCCUGAGGAGUUUGACCACUACGUGCACUUCAGUUUGGCAGUCAUGGGGCUGCUCUUUGGUGUGCCCUGCCUGGUCACUCUUGUCUGCUAUGGGCUCAUGGCCCGGCGCCUGUAUCGGCCCUUGCCAGGGGCUGCCCAGUCAUCUUCCCGUCUGCGCACGCUGCACACCAUCGCUGUGGUAUUGACUGUCUUUGCCAUCUGCUUUGUGCCUUUCCACAUCACCCGCACCGUUUAUUACAUGGCAAGGCUGUUGGAAGCUGACUGCUGGGUGCUGAACAUUGUCAACAUGGUCUAUAAAGUGACUCGGCCUCUGGCCAGUGCCAAUAGCUGCCUGGAUCCUGUGCUCUAUUUGCUCACUGGGGACAAGUAUCGACGUCAGCUCCGGCAGCUCUGCAGGGGUGGCAGGCCCCGGCUCCCCACGGCUGGCUCCUCUCUGGCACUGGUGUCCCUGCCUGAGGACAGCAGCUGCAGGUGGACAGCCAGCCCCCAGGACGGCGGCUUGGGCAGAUAGAUUGUAACGGAAGCCGGGAAGUGAGAGAAAGGGGGUGAGUGCAGGGCAGAGGGGAGGGAACCUUAUAGUGACACCCCAUCUGGCUGCUUUCUCCUCUUUUCUGAGCUCUGGAGAGAGGCCCUCACCCUGAGAUUUAGGAGGAGCCAGACAAAUCAUGUGUGACCCCAUCUCUCCUAAACCCUUCAGUUGCCCUCUCCUUUUUAGCCAAAGACACUAGUAGCCACUCUUUGUCCUCGACUUCUUUCUCUUUGUUUCUGCCCCCUUCCUGGGGCCACUGGUCCUGUUUCUUGGUACUACGAGGCUGCUGGAAAUCUUCCCCAGCCCUCCUUCUCCUGGCCUCUCCCCCUAUAUCCUUGUAUAUCAUGCGUUCCUUCAGCCAGACCAGAGCAUUUAGCUGGAGGGGUGAAGAAGCUGGGGUGAUCUCAGGAUUGGCUUGACUCAUCUGACAGUGAUAGCCAGAAUCAGGAAGUGUGGGCACCAGCGUAUCACAAAUGCCUGGGAAGUGACAUAUGUAGUGCCCACACCCACUCCCUGGUUUCCCCUGGAAGACAGGAUAGUCUUGUCUACUGAGGCGCUGAACUAGGGCAUCGUGCCAGAGAGUCUGCCUGCCAGGGUCCCCAUGUGCAGCUAGAGGCAUGGCCCUGUUGAAUGGUGGGUAGCCAUGAGGUAGAGAGGGAGCCUGAGUCUUCCCAUGGGGUGGGGACCUUGACGAGCCUCAGAGGGCAGGACCCAAGCUGAUAAUGGCCUUUGGAACAGGAAUGGGACUGGCCCUUCUUUAUGAGGUUUGCUGAGAACACACUUGACAGCUCUCCCGUACUUAAUGAAAGGCAGAGUAGAUGGCUCAGAAUGCAAGGGAGGAGCUCUCGUGUCUAUGGCAUAAGUUCCAGCACCAAAGGGUGGAGAAGGUUUGUGCAGAGAUUGGGGUGGAGACAGGGACCGAGGCCCAGAGCUGACUCUCCACUGGUCUCUCCCCUUUCUCUAGCUCCUGCCCUAGAUAAAUGAUAAAUCUGUCACCAGCUCUUUCAGAUCAGGUUUUAGGACUUUGAGGGCAGGGCGAGGCACUGGGACUAGGACAGCUCCCCUCAGAGUUUCCCAUCCAGUCACUCCUCUCCAGCACUAUCUUUGUGCUUACAGACUUCCAGGAGUGGAGGUGGGGUGUGGAAUUUGGGGAGCUAACUCUCAAGCCUUGGGAAGUAAGGGUUUCUGGGAAGGCAUUCGUGAGAAGGGUAGACUUACACUUCCAGGCACCCUCUCUGAAAUUGCCUUCCAGUCCUUUGGUCUCUUGAGUCUCCAGCCUUCCUUUCCUUUUGCCCCACUCUUGCUGACCUAGCUCUGAUCCUUUGCUUGUCUCCUGGCUUCUAAGGGGUCUCUCUGGAGAGUAAGGUUAAGGCGGGUCUAGACAUCAAGGACCCCUUCCGCUAGGAGUUAAUGAACUGGCCUUCUUCUUACUAGCCUCCCAGUCUCAUGGCCACUGCCUAGACUGUUGCAUAUGCUGUUCCUCAUCGGCACUCGCUCCCUUUUAUUCUGUUGACCACAGUCUCCUCACCUAUCACCUCUCCUACCCACCAGCCCCACCUAACAAAGUUGCUCUGUCAUCACAGCUGACCCAGGCUCCUCCAUUUCUCCAGUCCAUUGAAGUCCCCUACACUUAACUGAGACUAACUGCCCAGACUUUGUGGUCUGCUACUUUUGGGCCACCUUCCCUCACACUCUAAUUUUAAACACCUUGACUUUCACCUUGGGCCAGUCUUCUCUCUCCUAGGACUAGAGGGCAUUGCAGGUGAAGCCAGAUCCCAAGGCUGGCUUGACCCACUGAAACUUUAUGUGUUAGAACUUCAUCUAAGUCCCCAUUCCCCUUAGCCUGCUGAGUUCCUAGUGAACAUUCCAGACAACUCUUUCUUGUCUUUUCUACCUUUUCAAGACCCCAACUUCAUCCUCCCCUAUGACCUCUUAAGAGUUACCUUGCCUCUUGAAAAACAGAGAGAAUCUAAUAUCUCAGCUUCCCUCUGUUUCAUUCAUGAUAACUCUACUUCUAUAUUCAUUUUGUCUUUCUCCCUUUCUUCCCUGCAGUCCCAGAAUAAGAAGUGGCCCUCUUUCCUUUUCCUUUGUUUAUCCUUCUUCAUUUUCAGUCUCUUCCGUAAUUGAUUUCAUCUAGUCUUAAAAAACAAACUCUAGGACUUCCCUGGUGGUGCAGCGGUUAAGAAUCCACCUACCAAUGCAGGGGACACGGGUUUGAGCCCUGGUCCAGGAAGAUCCCACAUGCUGAGGAGCAAGUAAGCCCGUGUGCUACAACUACUGAGCCUGUGCUCUAGAGCCCGUGAGCCACAACGACUAAAGGCCUCAUACCUAGAGCCCCUGCUCUGCAACAAGAGAAGCCACCGCAAUGAGAAGCCGGCAUACCGCAAGAAAGAGUAGCCCGCACUUGCCACAACUAGAGAAAGCACUCAUGCAGCAACAAAGACCCAACACAACCCAAAAAUAAAUAAAUUAAAACAAACAAACAAACAAAAACCAAAUUCUAUUCAUCUUAUUCAUUUCACUCUCAAAUAUCUGGAAAGAGUACCAUGAAUCCCAUUUCCUCACCACAAAGUCACCCCUUAACUCUCUGGAUCUGGUUUCCUUCCUACACUUU